ACGUAUAGACAAAACCAAUACACAGCAAAAGAAAAGUGUACGACAUUAAAGCAGAGCAGACAUAACAGGUUUCAGCAUGCGUCAUGCAGAACAGACCCACCUACAGGACAAGCACAUAUAUAACACUGAAGCACAUAACAUACACAUCAAAAAAAUGGAAAAUAGCAACACUGAACAAGACAAAUGCACAUAUAGGCGAAACAAGCAGCCAGGACAGACAGCACAUCAAUGCUUGCACACCUGAUUGGCAACAAGCCAUUCCUUGAAGUUAUGCUUGAAUGUUUUGUACGUGUUUUGUGUGCGUAUGUGUGGUGGCAGAGCAUUCCACGAGUGAGCUGCCUUCACAGAGAAUGUAGAUUUACUAAACGAGCUUGACCUAUGUGGCAUGACACAAUCACCUCUUGAAGCAGAUCUAGUGAGUCUGCUGCUUUGAGUGCUUUGUUUAAUAAAAUCACUAAGUGGAGGCGGGGCCAUACCAUGUAACAUUUUAAAAACCAGACAUACAUUAGUGAAUUUAAUGAUAUCCCAACUCAGGAUAUGGUGUUUGGUGAGAAUAUUGCAGUAAUGGUGACUUUUGGGUUUUUUAUCAAGUGUUUUUAGGGCUUGUUUAUGGAGAAUAUGAAUGGAUUUUAAUGUUGUGCUGCUGGCUUGUGCCCAGCUGGUUAAGCAGUAGGUCAGAUGGGGACAAUCAUCGCAUUAAAAUACAAUUUUGCAGCUUGCAUGGUUAGACAGUGUCUUAUAUAUCUAAAAUUCAUGAGAUUAAAUUUUAAGACAUUUGUCACAUGUUUUACCUGUUUUUUAAAAGAGAGAUUAGAAUCAAUGAAAAUUCCUAAAUAUUUAAAUCUGACAUAUACCUGUAGCCUCUCACCAGCAACAUAAAAAUCUGGCUCCAGUGACACUUUGCAAGCCCUCUUUGUGAAGAACAUACAAACAGUCUUUUUAACAUUCAGGUGAAGGCAGGAAUCUGCAAGCCAUUUAGUUACAUUUGUCAUUGUGGACGUGAGUUUAAGUGCAGCUUGUUCUUUGCGUGCACAUAAAUCACUGUAUCGUCAGCGUACAUUUGAAUAUCACACCCAUCACAGACACCCGGCAAAUCAUUAAUGUAUAAACUGAAUAGUAAAGGUCCCAAAAUAGAACCCUGGGGUACUCCCACGUUAGAUCUUAGAGUAGAUGAUGAAACAUCACCCACUCUGACACACUGGGUUCUUCCUUCAAGGUAGGAUUUCAGCAAGGCAAGAGACUCUUGGGAAAAGUUAAAAUUUGACAGUUUGUUAAUCAGGACAUUGUGAUUCACCGUAUCAAAAGCCUUCUUCAGGUCAAGAAAAACCGCUGCUACUACACCCCCUUUAUCCAUUUUAAGCUUCACAUUCUCUAAGAGGAAGCAGUUGGCUUUUUCAGUCGAAUGAUUAGCCCUGUAACCAAACUGCAUAGGAUGCAGAUGAUAUGGAGAGCUGUUGAGAGUUUUAAUAAGUUGCUCUGCAACACAUUUCUCAGCAAUUUUGGAAACAGCAGGGAGGAUACUGAUUGGCCGAUAAUUGGAGACAUCCAAUAUAGGUGAGCGAUCUGUCUAGCCAGAUAGCCGAGGACUUAUAGGAAUCCACAAAUUGGAUUUCUGAUCCAUCCUGGAGGAGAUUUCGAGAGUGCAGGCAGGUUAUGGUAAGUGUCUGUUAAAAACCAAAUACUUAGUUUUGGUCAUGUUUAAGAGAAGGUGAAGGUUGGAGAAAGCAUGUUGGAUACUGUUGAAGCUGUGCAGCAGGGAAGUCAGGGCGGUAUUCAGGGAGGAGCUAGAUGUGUACAAGAUGGUGUCAUCGGCAUACAAAUGGAUGUGACAGCCACUUGCAGCGUGAGCAACAUUGUUUAUGUAGAUUUUUAAUAAGGUUGGAUCUAGAAUGGUCCAAGUCUGGUCCCCUUUACAACCUUGUUCAGCCAUUCAUUGAUCAGAACGUUCCCAACUGAGAUCGCAAUUUUGCUCAUUUCAGACUGCACUGUAUCAACGUCACAUCAUUGGCAAAUCUAUUGAUUGUGCAUGAGGUGGACACAGCUCUCUUACAGAAAUAACAAACGUCACAUCAGCAGUUUUGAUUGACCUUAUUAACAGCUCCCAUCAACAGCUAGAGCAGCUUUUGUGUCAACAGAAAAUGACGUCAGAGAGACAAAUACAUCAGUCACUACUGACUGAUUAGGACUACACCAAACCAAAUAACUCCCAACAGAAUUCUGCUAUCUUGCACAUGUCGGGCUGAAUGAAUGAAGUGAAACAACAUGGCAACUCAGUCUAUCGAGUACGUCUGUUUGUUUUGACCCAAAAUUUAACGUGACAAGUUUGGCCUCUUUUUUGAAAAGGAGGAACAGUAAGGAUGAGAAUAAGUGCACUUGGGAAAGAAACUCAGUUCUUGUAUCAAAAAUGUUCAACUGACUCCCUUACUUAGGCCGAGAGCAGAAAUAUAUAACCUCACAAAAUGUACAAAAGUAUGGUACUUUUUUUUCAAGCUAAAUUGGAAUAAAUGUAGUUGCUGUAGUUUUCUCUACCAUUUCUGGUUUUGGACACCAAGCAAACAGCCCGGAUUAAAGGCUCCUUGUAUCCAGUUCAAGCAGUCCAAAAUCCCCUCUACAUGGCAUCUACACAUCAAGACGCAGACAUACUAAACGCUCCUUAUGUGUGUGAAUGUGGCAAUAAAGUUUGGACAAAGCAUCUUCUUAUAUAAUUGUGCAGUUUCAUGAAAAGAUUGUAAAAGGCCCAUUUUGGCCUCAUGGGGCCCCAUGAACAAACUGAUAGUCUCAGUAAACCUAAUCAGUACCAAGUCUCUGUUUACAGAGUAAAGUCCACCACAUUAUUUCAGCUGUGUCAAGCUUUUAAUGAAAACAGCCAAUCAGAGGAGGGUAUUCUGGUUGUAUCCCAUCUGAUGCUGCAGCUGCUCGUUUUUGUCUCGAACCAAAACACAAAGUUUACCAGGCAGCAUGUUCCACCUUUCUGUUCUUAGUUUUUUGCUCUUAUUGUUCCUUGAGGGAAUCAGUGCACAGCCGACUGUUAGCGUUCAGUUAGCCGGGAACAACAGCGGACUUCAUGCCGUUGAAGCUCGUAAGCAGGAGAUCAUUAAAGUCACUGAGCAGCUGAUUGAGGCCAUCAACAAUGGAGACUUUGAAGCCUACACGAAGAUUUGUGAUCCCGGCCUCACGUCCUUUGAGCCUGAGGCCUUGGGCAACUUGGUGGAGGGCACCGACUUCCACCGCUUCUACUUUGAGAAUGCUCUAUCCAAGGGGAAGCAGCCCAUCCACACCAUCCUGCUCAACCCCCACGUCCACCUGAUCGGGGACGAGGCGGCCUGCAUCGCCUACAUCCGCCUCACCCAGUACAUCGAUGGCAACGGCAUACCUCGCACCAUGCAGUCAGAGGAGACCCGUAUCUGGCACCGCCGCGACAGCAAGUGGCAGAACAUCCACUUCCACCGCUCCGGCUCACCCACCGUGCCCGCCAAUUGAGAGGACCAUCUCUGAUGACAGACACCCUACAGCCUACAACAGUCAGACAAACAGGCCCCACUUACCGAGUGUCCAUCAAAUCCCUCAGCCAAUCCCUGUCCACACUAGCUAGAGCUCCGCCCUCUCUGUGUGUUGUUUACAUAUUGUCGCUGCUGGACUGAAGAUUAUUGUACAUGUUAAAAACAAAAACAAAAAACGAGGCGAAAACUUGGUAGUGAGAGUGUGUGGUGUUCAUCAUGGCGUGUUUUGGAUCAGUAUGUUUUAACCAGAAGUGGUUUUCAGAGGAGCAGGUUGUUCCCGUUAAUUCAUUUUUAACUGCCUGCUGAAAUGUGUGGAACUUCCAGACAUCAUGUAUUGACAGUUUUCAUUUAAAUAGUGCACAUAUUGCGCUUUUGUGAUGUUUUCGCCUUUUGGCACAAUGACCAAUAUAUCACAUAUCUGCUUUUUACUCCUUUUAGAAUUGCCAUGUAUUAAAGGUCGGCCACAAGCUUGCUUUUGUUUUGGUGAUGUAUACAUUUUGGUAAUUGAUGUGAAUUGCUCUCUCUUUGCUUAAUCUUUAGCAGUAUCCAUAUGAACUGAGUCAGCUCAUUUUACAAAUCUGUUUUCUGGUUUGCCACUGGCAAUUUUUAGGAAUUUUAACUUCAUGUUUUAUAAGGGAAAAUCAAUUAAAACAUGUGUUUUACUUUGGACCUCCAUCAUCACAGGGAAGAGUCUCUUAUGAUGGAAUGUGUAGACUACAUGCUUACAAUUCUGUGACUCUUCCAGUCUAAUCAUGUUUUCAUACAGUAAGGAACUAAUGAUGUGAUUUGUAUCAGCUAAUUUCUUGUUUACUUUUGAUAUUGUGAUGUUGAUGCCUGUCCUUCCUCUUGUCAUUAAUAAUGCUUUCCUUUAAGCCCUUUCCUCCUUGAUUGAGUCCCACCUUUAUUCUAUGUCCGACUGGUGUAUGCCAAUGUUUACCGCACCAAGUUAGCCAUUCAUUUUUUAUAAUGAGGGAAUUCCAUUUUUAGCCAGAAUUUCUAGGCAGGAAAUCACCAUUUGAGUUCUUGUUAUGUUACUCUAUUGUGCUAUUUAAUCCUCACAGGGGAUUUGUUUGCAUCACUUGCAGAUUCAUAUCUUAAGGUCCAUAUUUAAAACACUUCAGGUUAGGGUGCUGUGAAUAAAAAACAAAUGGGAAAUUAAAUUCCAGAAAAGCACGGGGAACGUUUGAAGAUAAAGUCACAGGGUGUUCACUGAAGAUUAUUUGUGUAAAGGAAAUUUCAAAUUUUUUGCCUCAAACGGUUUGCAUUCUUUUGUUAAUGACAUUUGUCCCUCACACAGCACACUCUGUUUUUAUCUUUCUAAGAUGCAUUGAAAUGGGUGAUGGGACACUGGUAUACAAAGUAAUGUUACCAUGAAGGGACAAGCCUGAUGUAUGUUUAAGAAAUAUCAAAUAAAAAGUGUGAUAUAUGCCAAAA